UGUGUGUUUUAGUAUAACAUUGGUGUUUUGUGAACGAUUUUUGGAUUAUUUUCAACAUAUACAUUAAUUAUAAACUUGCAGUAUUUCAAAGCAACUAUGUUAUAGUGUUACUAACAAUAAGUAUAUUGAGUAGAUUUUUUGAUACUUCUGUGGUAUUUGUCAUAAAAACUUUUGUGUAAUAAAAAUGGGUUGCAACACGAGUUCCGAAUCGAAAACGAAAAAAGAGGAGCAAGCGCAGUCGCAGGAUAAUGAAACUAAUAAAACUUCAGAAGAGAAGCAGAACGAAGACAAGGCGUCAGAGGAGCAGGCAGCAACAAAGAUACAAGCAGCAUUCAGAGGUCAUAAGACCCGUAAAUCAAUGAGUAUGAAGACCGCAAAGAACCAGCCGGAACCGGAGCCGACCAGGGCUGAGCUGGAGGCCGAAUUCAGGGCUGAUGAUAAAGAGCUGUGUAAUGCCGCUACUAAAAUCCAAGCCUCGUUCCGCGGCCACCAGGCCCGCAAGCAGACUCAAGUCGAGAAAGACAAGGAGCAACAAGAUAAGGAGGACAUCGAGAAAAUAGAUCUGACCGAUCCUGAAUUAAACAAAGCUGCCACUAAGAUUCAGGCGUCGUUCCGCGGACACAAAGUUCGCAAAGACGUUCCCAAUUAAUUCCAUUCAUCUUAAUAUCGUAUGUACGAACAACUUUCAACUUUGCGUCUUUAUAAUAAAGUUCAAUUCACAUUGUAUCACUAUUACUUUUAUGUAACAAACUUUCAGAUUUAAUAUUCAACGUACAUAUGGAUUAGAAAUUAAUAUUUAGUUGUAUACCAGUAUGCAUUUUAUAUAUGUCAAUUUGUCUGUCUUUAGUCAAUUUUUCAAAUGAUAUCCGUUUCUUGUUUUUUUUUAAACUUCAGUCUUAUAACUGUUAUGUUUUGUUCGAUAGCUAAUUUGUGUGCUAUGUUAAUGCAACUAUUAAUUAUUAAUUUUUAUCAUCUUUGUAU